GACGCACCAGUCUCAGCUCUGGGUUCGGUGCUCUCUCGCUUCUCCUCUCUCUCUCACUCUUCUCGACGUUUUGAUCCAUCAUCAGGAAAUUUUGAAUUUUGGGAUUGGCAAUUGAAGUUUUGAAUUGAGUUUUGGGGAGCUAGGGUUUUUAGUAGUUGUGUGAUCAUGGAUGGUAAUAAAGAUGAAGCUUUGAGAUGUGUGCGCAUUGCGGAGGAAGCAAUCGCCGCCGGUAACAAAGCGCGUGCUGCCAAAUUCAUCAAAAUUGCGCGGCGGCUUAACCAGGAUUUGCAAGUUAAUGAGCUUCUGGCGGCUUGCGAUAAGCUCGAUUCGGCGUCUUCUAGUCAAGAAAAGGGCGUUGGGGAGAGUAGGAGUGAGCUUGGGAAGGAGAAAUCGGGGGGAGGGUUGAAUGGGGAGCGGAGUUAUACCGAGGAGCAUGUUCAGUUGAUUAGGCAGGUGAAGAGGAAUAAGGAUUAUUACGCGAUUCUCGGCGUGGAGAAGACUUGCUCGGUUGAGGAGAUUAGGAAGGCGUAUAGGAAGCUGUCAUUGAAAGUUCAUCCGGAUAAGAACAAGGCUCCUGGCUCGGAGGAGGCGUUUAAGAUUGUGAGCAAGGCGUUCAAGUGUUUGAGUGAUGUGAAUUCAAGGAGGCAGUAUGAUCAGACUGGUUUAGUUGAGGAGUUUGAGUACAAUCAGCAGCAUAAUGUGAGGAGGAGGCCGAGGAGGAGAACUGGGAAUGACUUGUUUGAUGAUGAUUUUGACCCCGAUGAGAUAUUCAGGGCGUUCUUUGGUCAGUCGGACAUGUUUAGGACGAGUCAGGUUUACAGGACUAGAGGAGCUGGUGCACAUCAUAGGGAGGAGGUUCACAAUGGGGGACCUAACAUUAUGCUUCUUAUUCAAUUAUUACCAUUUUUGGUGAUUUUGUUGCUUGCGUAUCUGCCCUUUACCGAGCCAGACUACGCUUUGCAUAAGAAUUACAACUACCAGAUUCCCAAGACAACUGAGAGACAUGGAGUAGAGUUUUUCGUUAAAUCACCAAACUUUGAUGAGAGUUAUCCUCUUGGAAGUUCUGCUCGAGCUAAAAUUGAGGAUAGUGUGAUCAAGGAUUACAAAAAUGUGCUUGUACACUACUGUCGUGUUGAGCUUCAGAGGCGUCACUGGAAUAAGAAAAUGUCUACUCCUCACUGUGAUAAGUUAAACGCCCUUGAAGUAGCUUGAAGGCUACAUGGCUGAAUUGUUGUAGCUUUAAUACCUCAACAAUGUUAAGCCUGGACUCGGAAGGUGCAUCAGGUUCAUUUUGUAAAUGCUAGGGCUGUAGUCCUUGGAAGUGACCAAGGUUGCUUUUCUCCGAAUGACUUGUUGGCCUUGGAGCUUUUUCCAAAUGAAGUUCAGGAUGGUGGUAAUGAGGGUUUUCAGCACCCUGAUGGCACUGCAUUUGGUGAGAAAUAAUAUUAUAUACAGCUUUUGCAAUUACCCGGGAGGUAAAUGCUAGUUACAAAAUAGUAAUGAGAGUUGAGUAGUAGGUUUGUGAUAAUGAGUAUUUACUUGUUCCUCGAAAACACUAAAUUCCCUUUACAUUCUUUCAAUACACUAAGCAGGUGAUGUUACCAAUU